AGUAGCGUUGAAUCCGCGGAAUCUAUGAAACGCUAUUUGUUAUGUCCGGCCGGUCUGUCCAUUUUGCACCUCAAGAAGUUCAUUGUCAGGAAAUAUGGAUUACCCACGACCUAUAGGGUCGAUGUCAUGUAUUUGGAGGACAUCCUAAGUGAUGACUACACGCUUAUGGACGUGGCGUACAUUUACGACUGGAAAAGGAGCGAUCCGAUGCGACUCUUUUAUCGCAUAAGUGAACGACCGAUAAAACGAUUGAAGACAACACAUCCACUAACCAUUGAAUCUAAGAGUGGGAGUGGAGGCAGUGUUAACAGUGCUAACAGUGACAUAAGUAAUGCCAAUAACCAUAACCACAGUAAUAAUAGCAAGAAAACGAGUGUCAGUGUGAGUCAGUCGUCCAAACUAGUCGGUGCACAACAUCCAGCUUCCAGUCGCACCUCACAGACCACUACAUCGACUAUCAUAAUGACAGGUGCGGCUCCAGUGCCUACACCGUCAGCAGCGAAAGCACACAAUCCAAGUAAUACUCGAAACAAUAGUCGUUCAAAUGGCGUGACAUCAGGCAAGGGAUCUACUGUUACGCCCAAACACACGGAUACAUCGAAAGGCGCCUCAAUCCCUACUACACCUCCAGCUAUAGCCAAGUCAAAGGCAACUCAUAUGACUGCCAGUGCUAUACAAACAGAUGAACCGCCGAAAAAAUUGCGAAAGAUUUUGCCGGCAAACGACUCAACCCAUGCAUCGACGCCCAAACCGGUGUCCUCUAAAGCUAACUGUGCCACCACUACCAGUGCAUCCAAAGCACAGUCCAGUGCUAAUCAGAGCCAAUCGAGUCCACUGUCGCCCACAUCUAUUCGCAUUAAGUUGGCCCCACCAUCACCACCAACACCUACGCAACCCCAAUCAUCCUCAUCACCACAACCAUCACCGGUCGCUAAAUCCAUUUCCAGUGCUAAGGAUAUUAUGGAUACCAAUACUAACACUAAGAGUGAUGUCAACAGUGAAACCAAACCCACACUAUCGCCGACAUCUAUUCGGAUUAAAUUACCGCCAUUUACACCGACAUCAACACAAUCAUCACCACAGACCACAUCCACAUCUAGUGCUAAGAGCGGUGUUAACACUAAACCCAAAAGCAAACUAUCAUCACCCCCUGCCAUUCGGAUUAAACUGGCCCCACCACCUAAAACACCAUUACCUAAACAAUCAUCGCCAAAACAAACACCAUUACCAACACAACCGAUACCAACUCCACGAUCAGCAUCACCUCAAACCACAUCCGUAUCCAGUGUUAAGAGUGCGACCAAUACUAAUACCAAACUGUCGUCUCCCCCUCCCAUUCGGAUUAAACUGGCGCCUCCACCGCCGCCAACACCCCCGCAAGCACCACCACAACAUACUACACCACCACCUCCUCCACAAUCAUCAUCACCACCGCAACCAUCAUCUCAGAGCACAUCUGUAUCCAGUGCUAAGAGUGUUGUAAAUCCUAAACCCAAACUUUCAUCACCGCCUGCUAUUCGGAUUAAACUACCGGCGCCGCCACAAACUUUACCACCAAAACAAUCAACGCCAACACCUCCUCGGCAAUCAUCACCGCAAACCACAUCCAUAUCUACAUCUAGUGUUAAGAGUGCGGCAAAUACUACCACUAAACCAACGGCUUUCUCAUUGGCACCAGAAGUUCAAUCAAAUAACAAACACAAGGAUCUAAAGCAAAGCCAAUCAGAUACGAAGAAACCGUUAUCUGAUCCCAAGAUUACCACCACAGAAGUGACAACUAGUCCGGUGGCUAAUGCUAACGGACCACUGGAUCUGUCCAUGUCUACCAAAAAGGACGGACAGCCCAAAGUGAAUGCAGCGCCCAUUCGUGCUAUAUAUGACAUUCCGCCCCCAAAACCCAAACAAUGUUUAUAUCCACCGGUUCUCGAGCCGCAUAGGAGUCUCUUCUCGACUCCAUCGGCACCCAAACCGAUGUUCCCAUCGUUUAAAGUAACCAGUUCUCAGUCGCAAGACAUCCGAUCCCCCACCGGAUCCCUCUUGCAGACCUCCUCUGCUCUCACACCCAAUACUGAGACCAAAAAGUAUCGAUCGAUUGACUCAAUCAUCGAUCGCAUCUCCAAUAAUACGUCGACAGGUAAUCACUCCAACAGUUCCCGACACCGGUCUGUAUCCCACAGUCAUAACACCAGUCAUCACAACAAUCACAACCAAAUGAAUUACUCAGUGAUUACUCCCGACCCGCGCCGAUACACUCCGAAGAUAGUGAUCCGAAACAUUGGUUCCCCUCCUUCGACAACCUCUCACUUUAAUUAUCCGACGCAUCGCUGAAUCCAUGGAUUAUAUUAUUGUUUAUUAUUUGCU